AACUCAAACCAUUCUCCACAUUUACUUUAAUAACUCAGCUUCUCUCUCUAAACAGAAUUUGUUGCAGAUAAUAGAAUUUGAAAGUGGGAAAAUGGCGGACGACAAGAAUCUAAAGGUGCUGAACGCACUAGACAUGGCGAAGACGCAGUGGUACCAUUUCACGGCGAUCAUAAUCGCCGGCAUGGGUUUCUUCACGGACGCAUACGACCUAUUUUGCAUCUCCCUCGUCACCAAGAUUCUUGGGCGCAUCUACUACUACGUGGAGGGCUCCCCGAAACCCGGGUCCCUCCCGCCCAACGUCUCUGCCGCCGUCAACGGUGUCGCCCUCUGCGGCACCCUGGCGGGGCAGCUCUUCUUCGGGUGGCUAGGAGACAAAAUGGGGCGCAAGAAGGUGUAUGGGCUAACCCUGAUGGUGAUGUGCAUCUGCUCCAUCGGAUCGGGCCUCUCCUUUGGCCGCGACGCCAAGGGCGUGAUGGCCACCCUCUGCUUUUUCCGCUUCUGGUUGGGCUUUGGAAUCGGCGGCGACUAUCCCCUCUCCGCCACCAUCAUGUCCGAGUAUGCCAAUAAAAAGACCCGCGGCGCCUUCAUAGCCGCGGUGUUUGCCAUGCAGGGCUUCGGCAUCCUCGGCGGCGGCAUCUUUGCCAUGAUGCUCUCCGCCAUCUUCGACGCGGCCUUCAAGUCCCCACCCUACGAGGUGGACCCUGCCGCGUCCACCAUCCCCCAAGCCGACUACCUCUGGCGGAUUGUCUUGAUGGUUGGCGCCCUCCCCGCCCUCCUCACCUUCUACUGGCGCCUCAAGAUGCCUGAAACCGCCCGCUACACCGCCCUCGUCGCCAAGGACGCUAAGCGCGCCGCCGCCGACAUGGCCAAGGUCCUUCAAGCCGACAUCGAGGCCGAGCAGCACAAGGCCGAGGCCAUGGCCAGCCGACAUAAGAGCUACAACCUCUUCUCCAAAGAGUUCCUCCGCCGCCACGGUAGCCACCUCCUCGGCACCACCAGCACAUGGUUCCUCCUCGACAUCGCCUUCUACAGUCAGAACCUCUUCCAGAAAGACAUCUUCACCGCCAUCGGCUGGAUCCCGCCGGCCAAGACCAUGAACGCCAUCAAUGAGGUCUACACCAUCGGCCGAGCUCAGACGCUCAUCGCCCUCUGCUCCACUGUGCCGGGCUACUGGUUCACGGUGGCGCUCAUCGAUGUCAUCGGCAGAUUCACCAUCCAGCUGGGUGGAUUCUUCUUCAUGACUGUGUUCAUGUUCGCCCUUGCUAUCCCCUAUGAUCAUUGGACUCAACCUGAACACAGAAUAGGGUUUGUGGUAAUGUACUCGCUCACAUUCUUCUUCGCCAACUUUGGCCCUAACGCCACCACAUUUGUUGUCCCGGCCGAGAUCUUCCCGGCGAGGUUUCGAUCGACCUGCCACGGCAUCUCGGCCGCCUCUGGGAAGCUCGGGGCCAUCGUGGGGGCGUUCGGGUUUCAGUUACUAGCGCAGAGUCAAGACCCCAAGAAGGUUGAUGCUGGGUACCAUCCAGGAAUUGGGGUGAAGAAUUCUUUGAUUGCUUUGGGAGUGGUGAAUCUCUUAGGGUUGUUGUUCACUUUCUUGUUGCCUGAGGCCAAAGGGAAAUCUUUGGAGGAUUUGAGUGGGGAAAAUGAAGAGGCUACCGACUAAGUGAGUAAGUGGCAAUUGUGUAAUAUCCGAAUUUUUAAUGACUUAUUUAAUUGCUUAAGUUUGAGUAAUAAGGGUUUCAGCUCCCUAUUUUGAUUUUAUAGUGAUUUACAGUUUUUUAGAAGUCGGUAUUUUUUAUCCGGAUAAUGUGGGAUCUUAUAUUUGUAUUUGAGUAUGAGUAUUUGAUUGAGAUAAUUAUUUUAAUGAGAACGAUGAACUCGAAAGUGA